AUGUCUCUCGUCGUUAUUACUGGUGCCACUGGCACCCAGGGUGGCUCCGUCGCGCGCCAGCUUGCCAAAAAUCCUGCAUGGAAAGUUCGUGGUCUUACACGCAAUGCGCAAAGCACCAAGGCCAGGGAGCUCAAAACUCUCGGUGUCGAGAUGGUGACAGCAGAUCUGAAUGACGCAAGAACACUGCCAGAGGCAUUCGAGGGUGCUACGGCAAUCUUCUGUGUAACCUUUUUCUGGGAUAUUGCUACAACCGAGGGCAUCGAUGCGGCGACAAAAGGGGAAUUACAGCAGUUUAUCAAUGUCGUUCAGGUUGCUGCUAAAUUACCCACAUUAAGACAUCUGGUCCUGAGUGUUAUGCCGAACUGCGAGACGCUCUCUGGUGGCAUUCUACCUUGUCCGCAUUGGGAUGCGAAAGCCCGAGGCGGAGAGUACGUGAAAAGAGAGCUUCCGCAGCUAGCGGCUAAGACAACAUACGUCUGGAUGGGUUGGUACGUGGAUAAUCUGGCGGGGCAACCUCUCAUGAAACCACAGCCUUAUUUAGGCAAAUACAUUAUCGCCCAACCCUCAAAGCCUGAUGCUAUUGUGCCCGUUGCUGGUGUUGUGGAGGUGAACACAGGAAUCACCGUUCAGAGCAUUCUAGCUCAACCCGAGAAAACCCAUGGGAAAUACGUGCCGAAAUUGACAGACCUCAUUUCGUGGACUGCAAUAGCAGAAGGAUGGAGCAAAUAUACUGGUGAGACGGCUGUGUAUGCAGAGAUUUCCGAUUCAGAGUUUGAAAAGCUGGUUGGGCCCUCAUUCGGUCCGGAGAUUGCCCGUCAGUUCCGGUUUAGUGAGGAAUAUCCAGACUGGUAUACUUAUCAUCCAGAAGAUACUCUAAGUUUGAAGGACUUGGGUGUCGGUGAGGAGGUGCUUGGCUUCUAUAAGGGACUUGAGUAUUUCAAGUCCCAAAUCCAGCCUUAG